UCAAGUUGACACCUCCAAGGAAUUCUGCAUUUGUGUGUCCAGAAUUAAUUUUGUGGAACGAAGUCUGUUACUUUGGAGGCGACAAAAGUUAAUCUCCCCAGUCAACACUUUAAAGAUUACUUUCUUAGGAGAGGCUGGAGUAGACACUGGGGCUUUGAGAAAAUAAUUCCUGACAGAAUUGAUUGGCAGCAUAGAGACCAGGGUCUUUGAAGGGGAGGAGGGCAAAGGCAAAAUGCCAAAAUAUUCCCUGAAUGAUGUUGACAAUGGCCUGUUUCGAGUUGCUGGGGAAGUUUUUGAUGUUAGCCUUGUACAGGGUGGCCCAGCUCCAAGAUUUCUACAGGGCUGGUGUUAUGAUUUUCUGUUGAGUGGAACCCUUGAAAAUGUUACCAAGGAUAACGUUUACGAUGCUGAGUUUUCACCACUGAUUAAAAUGAUUGAGGAGACUUCAGAGUUGUCAUCUUACAAAGAACAGAUUGUCAACUGUGGCUACACAGGGCCUAUAAACGAGGACAACAAGGAGAAAAUAACAAGAGCAAUUGUGAUGCAUGCAGCUGCUCGUCGAAGCCUCAUGCUUCAGCAGCUCCGUGAAGGGUUACAACUUUACAAUUUGAUAGACAUCAUGGAGAAGAACAGAGAAGUGUGCCGCAGCCUCUUUGUUGUGCAAGGUGGUGAUGAUAAGGUGGACUCCCAUUACAUUAUGUCACAUCUAGUCCCACAAAUGAGUGAGAGUGGCACUCUAAAACAUGCCAAAGAGGUGAAAAUCCUGAAUCACGUCCAGGAUUUUCUCAUGGAGCUUGAAGAUGGCGAUACUCAGGAUGAGGAGGCACUCUCUGUCCCACGGGUGAUGCAGUGGCUGACUGGUCAAGCACAUAGGCACCUGCUUCUGUCAGAGAGACAAGCCUUUUAACUCAACAGUUAUUUUAAAGGCUUGUCAGAGAGACAAGCCUUUAAAAUAACUGUUGAGUUUGAUCACACAUGCAUG